AUGGCCUAUCCAGGGAAAUCAAAAUACUCUGUACUCAACUCCUCUGACGCCGACCUUGACUCAGUACCGACACCAGCUCGCAAAUCAUCUUUCUCGCUCAUUUCAUUGCUCCUGCAAAUAGCAACAUUCGUUAGCUCUCUCACUCUCUUGGCUCUCUUUCUCUAUAGCCCAAGAGCUUCAUCCUCAGCCAUAUCGUCUCCCAGCACUGUGCUGCCCGUGGGCAUGAGCCGGGUGAAUCCCAGCACAGCACAUCAACUCCAACCUUGUGGAAACGACGCAGCCACAGCGCGUGCCAACGGCUGUAUCUUUGACCUUCUGACCCUGGCUUGGUUGGCACCUGAAUGCUACGAUGCGGACCUGAGCGCAGAAUUCCUCGAGGAUGCCUCGGAGACAUUCUACUAUGAUGAGGAUGCACAGCGCCCAAUUGAAAGCUACGAAGUGUUGUCAGAACGUCCGCUGGGCGAAUUUAGCUGGACAACACGCAAGUAUCAUAUCUAUCAUUGUUCGUAUGGGUGGCGAUUGAUGCACCGGGCCUUGGAAAGAGGUGGCAUGGUGGAGAGCGGGCUAAGUAGUUAUCAUCAUACGGAACAUUGUACAGGUGCCUUGAUGAACACUUCGGUGCCGAUGGAUGCGGUUAUUACUCGGGUGGAGAUAUCUUAUCCGGACUGUUGA